UGAGCAGUAUAGUUACAUGGCAGGUGUAUCUAGAAGGCAGGACCAGACGAAGAACUGACGUGCAAUUGCCAUGCUAUCAUUGCUUGCCAUUGGACUCCUCGGUCACGCCAUUCUGAUGACCUCCGCUUCCGGUACUUGUGAACGGAUGAUGGACUCCGCUGACUCACGAAUUCCCCAAGGCAUGCCCAUGGCUGACUUUGAUUUCUGGGUGGUCAACCGGACAUUUGGGGAACUAUACUACGCGAUGUCCAUUCCCCCUUUAUACAUACCGGAUAUUAACUACCUUCAAAUAAUCAAGAGGGUAAAUGAAUCAUACUACGAGGAAGUCGCCAUUGGUGAAACGCCCAGUUCGCCAAAGCAGUGCAAUAGUUAUGUGUUUCCUUGGUUACGAGCUAGUUCGACACGCGCAAGCUUCCACAGGAACGGUAAACCAGACAAUAUCUUUGUUGUGUUCUCUUCUUGUCCCAAGAAGUAUAUAUGGGUAUAUCGAUGCACACAGUGCACGGGAUCGUCUCGAUGCAGUCUUUCCCACACUUUCCUCGGCUUGUUCAUCUACGAAGGAACAUCUGAUUUCGGCUCGCCAAGCUACUUGGAUGACCUUCCUCUGCAGGAUAUGCUCAUGGAUUUGUGUCCUACACGUGUGAAGUUUGGGGUCGAAGAAUUCAAAUGGUUCUACUCGUAUGGAAAAAACACCCUAUGCGAUCCGAUGCGAAUAUAGUCCCAAGGUAUGAUGUGACGGAUUUAUUGCAUUCCAUGGGCAAACAAUUUAGCAAUUUUAUCAAAGAAGUUUCUACACACCUUUUUCAGAAUUUAAUUACAAUAGUAAACACUUCUGGAAUAUUUGUCAACAAAUUUAACAGUUAUGUAUUUGUAUAUUUUCUUAUUGGAACAGAUCCUGUUUAAAUACCGUGUGAAUUUACGUUUUAAAGUCCGAUAUUAUAUUAUUAUUAUUAUUUUAACAAACUAACUACUUCUGUCUAUACAAAAUACUAUUUGAGUUUAAAAAAAUACUAAUGUCUUAAACACACAACACAAUAAACGAUGAUAGGUCAUGGGUCAUUUCGGACCCCGAUGUUUGUUCCAUAUUUACGAUAAAUUCUAUAUAAACAAGAUUAUUUUGACACUAUUUUCAUAAUUUAUUUGUUAUUGAGUCAAUCAUUAUUAAUAAAUGUUAAAGUGUAUACUGGAUCAUAUAUCGCUCCAUUUUGUUUUCAAUUACCAAAAUAUAUUGAUGUAAUUACCAUUUGAUUAAUCGAUACUGAAUUAUCAAGUAAAUGUAAUUAAUACACAUGUUUAGAAAUUAUCCGCGAGAGUUAAUGAAAACUAUUGUAUACAUCAACUACGAGCAUUUGAACAAGCUUUGUUAUACUCAUCAUUUGUAUUGAACAUUGUUUUCUCACGCUAUGGCCAUUAAUUCACUUGAGAACAUUCCCACGAAUAACAGCAUGUCUAUCGCCAUGUUUUACUUUCAUAGUCCGAAUACCAUCUGCUGGAGUUUAGUCGUAAAAAAACGGAACACACCGAAACUAAUUUAACUAUAAGACGUCACAUAGCAUAUAUGUUUAAUAUGCAUUUCCCUACAUUAUUUUAAGAUGAAAACACUUGGGAGAAUUUGUAAAUGCCAGGUCGGAUUGAUUCACUGGUUUAAAAGUCAGCUGCAACAGUUUGCAUCAUUUAAACACAAAUGUAUCCGGAAAUGUAAGCGCACAUAAUACCGUAGUGUAGUAACCUAAUAUUAUUUAAAUUUCAAUUUUAGGAUUUAAAACAAUAAAGUGUUGUGUGUUGGCUAAUAAAAAUGAGCAUGUCUUUAUGUGGAUACCAAUAACAUUA